CAGAAAACAUUGAUUUCGCGUGCAUUUGUCAUGCUGCGCUGAACAAAACAGGAACCUGGAAAACAGGAACGGCGUUGGAACGUUAAACCAGGGGGUACGGGAUUAGGCCUACAUCAGUACAUGUGAAUCGUAAUACUUGACAUUUUUCAUUGUCAUAAUCAAUACAGAACACGCGUUGGCGCAAUUUCUCCAUAUUCAGGCGCAGGCCACAACUACGGCGGAUUUCCAUGGUUAAGUGUUCAGGUGAUGAUGUGAGUUGGCAGUCAGGCCUGUAGAGUAACUUCCACUCACGAUGACUUUCCGAGCUGUGUGGUUGCUGCCGUUGCCAGGAAGCGGCCCCGAAGAGAUCGUCUUCCUCAAGACUUAUCCAACUGUUGAAAAGAGAGCCCUCGUCUUCAGUGGAUCAGAGAACCAUGUCCCUCUUCCAUCAGAGAGCGCCUUGUAUGAUGCAACUUUGGAGGAACUCGGAUUGAAACAGCCUGGUACAAAGUUUGUAGAGUCCAGAGAUACGUGUGACAAGGAGUUCCAGAAGCCAAUCUUUGAGAUCAGAGUACCUGGAGGCAAGCUAUGGCCAGUGGUCAUCAUCCAGAAGUUUGGUCUUCUGUUGUGCUGUCUACCUCUGGUAGAGCAAGGGUGUGAACCUAGGCCACCGCUGACAGAGAUUCUUGGCGUGUCAUUAGGGCUGUCUCUACUUUCUGCUAUAGCUGACUUUAUGGGACAUUUACCAAAAGACUUCAGUGCAUCUCAUCCCAAGGUAUUGGAGCUGUACUCUUACAUGUGCCAGGCAGCACCAUUUGGUACACUGGUCGACAGCAACCCGACUACCAUCAGAGAAGCAAUACAAAACAAACAUUCCACGCAGCUAAUAGCAACCAAUGCUAAGCAACCAGCAUGGAGGCCGAUCAUGACCAAGGGUAAAGGUCAGGUGCACUUCGCCAUCACGGAACAAGUGAGAGCGGUUUUGUAUAACAGCAGCAACAUGGAGGACGCUUGCAGUGUGUAUGGCACAAUCACAUGCAAGGCUGACUUGGAAGGGGUUACGCCAGAGGUCAGCAUGGCUCUGAUUGUACCACAAGACUCCCCACCCCUGGAUAAUCUCAUUGUACACCCUUGUGUUCAGGGUGGUGACACACAAAUCAUCAGCUCAGGCAUGCCAGGGAUGACCAGCCGCUCCACACCGGCCAAACUGACCAGGAGGAGGCUUCGUUUCAUCCCCCCUCGAGAGGCAUUCACCCUGGGUUAUUACACCUCCUCCCCUUCCGCCACUGUCACCAGUCCCCCCCUCACCGCCUCCUACCAGAUGAAAGGGACAGAGAGGGAGGUCACGCUCACAGUCACCAUCAAGCUUAAUACCAGGGUCAAGAAUGCCUUGGAGUACUGUGAGGUCCAACUUCCAUUCUACAACAGAGGAAUCAUUACUGAGAUUGACCCCGCCCCCAGCAUAGGCAGCGUGGUGUUACCCAAUGACAGGCGGCGUCUAGGUUGGAACGUUGGCACCCGGUUCCCGUCUCGGACCCUGGAGGCAACGCUCCAGGCCAAAGUGCAGUUUGCAGAGUUUGACAAGAAGAGAUCGUCGGACUCCUACGAAGAUCCGUUUUGCGUCGGGCUGAAUGCUUAUGCAAUGAUUUACUUCAAAGUGCCAGAAUAUACUUAUACAGGCUGCCAGAUUGACCCCAGAUCUCUUCAGAUACACCCAAGUGCCAAACCAAAGUUGAAUACAGUGCGGGAGUUUUCAUCUGCCGAGUACAAAGUGUGGAAUUCCCAUGGCGAUGCCCAAGCUGUGUUUCCGGUCCCCAAGUACCUUCUGCACUAACUGCCGACACAUUUGCCUUGACUGAGCGAAAGACGAUUGCUUUGCCACAAGAAUUGUCUCAAAGAAUUGCUGAUAGUUGGUUGAAAAGGCAUCUUGCAAAACUUGAUAGUUCAAAGGUGAACACACUUCACUGCAGUUAUUGGUCAUGCCUACAGGUAUGGAUGGACUCUCACUUGUGAGAGAAUUCAUGAGAUAGUCAUCAUCUUUGCCGCACUCUGAGGCAGUGCCACAGAGAAACAUUUGUCAAGACAACUGGCCUUAUCACUCUUGCGUGGACCAAUUGAGUGUGUGUGCGUGUAUAAAAACCAGUGGAAACUGCUGGAGAAUAAGAGCAUGUGUCUGUGUCAAUAUCUUAGGCGAAUUGAAAUAGACAGAAUAAACGGUGUGAAUAAGUUCUCCUUGACACCGUCCGAGAAAAUUAUUGCAGGUUUUUCACUGGUGUGAUGAGUUAACAGUGCAUUGAACAGCAUUUUCUCCUUGCUCUCAAUGGUUUACUUUUAAGAGGAAUAAAUUUAGGACUGUUAACUUCCUUUGUAAAGCGAAAACAAAAUCAAAAUGCUGACUGUCAUGAAGUGGAAUGUUAUUAAAGGUAUGAUGAACUACCAUUACAACUUCUUGUUUCAUCAGUGCAUAAAGAUAAUGAUUAUUAAGUAUUUGUACUUUAGAAUUUAUUUGCAAAGCGUAUGAAAUGUAAAUAUAAGAUGGAAUUUCAGGUUAUUCAUGGUGAAAGACAGCAAUAGGUGGAAAGGCUUGCGGGAGCACCAUGCGGAGGAAUACAUCUCUCUUAUGAGUAUGUGUGGUUCUGAAUCCACCACUAGCAUCCUCGUCACACUCCACUGCAUCCAGUCACCUUAUAUAAACAGCUCUCUUCAGCAUCUCUUCAGUCUCCCGACAAUGGACUGAGCAUGCAGUCCGAAAUGUUGAAUAUGCUCCCGGUUCUUUCCAGAACCACACAUAUUCAUAAGAAAUAUAUUCCUUCGCAUGGUGCUACUGCAAGCGUUUCCACCUAAUGAUGUAAAUAUAAGUUGCAAUAAAAUUUUAGUAAAAUAAUCGCCUAUAUAAUUUAUGUCACUCGGGGUCAAAAUCCAGUGUUGAGAAUUGUCGAUGGGUUGGCUGGUAACUGUUUUACCCAAACUGUGGUACCCAAAAGUCCUUCUAUUGGUUUGGGUGAUACGAAGGAUUCAUUCCCUACAGACGCUCUGGACAUAUCUGGGAUAUUACUCCCACAGCAGAUACAAGACAUUUUGUACAUGCAAAGCUUAACCUUAUACCUACUGAAUGCUAGCUGGUCUGCAAGAACUCUUAAUGACCAUACCACACACAGGCUAUGUGGAAAAACUCGGCAUUUCCCAGCAGGAGCUUCGCUCCGCUGCACCAGUACGUGUCCAGAAUUUGCUCAACCUCUAGUCAAUCUUUGCAGUAUAGCUCCAAUCGUUUGAGCUUUGUUGGGUUCCUGAGAGGGCAGCCGCAAUAACAAGGGUUUUUUCGACCUGGGUUUGAGAACCCGAAACGGCAUGGGUCAGGAAUGAGAAAGCGAAAAGGAUAACCAUUAUUGACUUGAGUCAUUGCUCCCAAAUAAAACAGAUGUUUUACUGAA